CUUCCCUGUGUGCUGGUGUAUUAUAGUGGAGCACAAAGAUAGCAAUAGGCUGCCAAGUGUAUCUGGCUGCAGUCAGUGAAUUGAAUUUAAUUCCACCUUCAUUACGUUUUCCAACAAACGAAAAGCGAAGAAGUGAACGGAAAGCCGAUCGCUACAGUAUUGCAUCGUACGUUGUGAGUCCGGAGUAGGGAUAAUCGGAAGUAUAUAAUUUCUAACACUCUUAGAAAGCUGGAUUGUGGAGCUGUUCUAACAGGAAAUGGCACCCAAUUUGAGUAAGCUAGUUGGAGGGAAUCAUAACCUUGCGAUAGCGAUCGCAGGAUGUACCGCUGCCACCUGGAUAAUUAUAUACGGCAAGCAGGUUCACAAAGCUCGCAAACAACGACCCGAAGAUGAGAUUCAGUACUUCAUCAGUGACAAGAAGGAAAAACGCACGACAAAGGCACAUGUAAACUCCGUGUUUUUCAAGCAACUACGUGCCCUGAUAAAAAUAAUCAUUCCGAAGACAUGGAGCAAAGAGAAUGGUCUUCUGCUGGUGAUAGCAGCCUCGCUGAUCGCUCGGUCAAUCAGCGACAUCUGGAUGAUCCAGAAUGCGACAUCCAUCGAAAGCACCAUCAUCACGAUGAACAAGAGUCAAUUCCACACGGCGUUAAUCAAGUACCUCUCGGCGCUACCGGCUAUUGCAGUAGUGAACAACGUACUGAAAUGGAGUAUUGGAGAGCUGAAGCUUAGAUUUAGGACUAAUAUGUCACAAUAUUUAUACGCAGAGUACCUGAAGGGAUUCACCUACUACAAAAUGUCCAACCUAGACAAUCGAAUAGCGAACGCUGAUCAGCUGCUGACGACCGAUAUUGACAAAUUUUGCGAAAGUGUCACCGAUCUUUAUUCCAAUAUUUGCAAACCGCUGUUGGACAUUGUGAUAUACGUGUACCGGUUGACGACGAAUCUGGGCGGAACGACACCCGGCAUUUUGUUGUUGUAUCUGUUCUUCUCCGGCGUGUUCCUGACGAACUUGAGGAAACCGACGGGUCGGCUUACGGUUAUGGAGCAGAAAUUGGAAGGCGAGUUCCGAUACGUCAACAGCAGGCUUAUUACGAAUUCGGAGGAGAUUGCCUUCUACAAGGGAAACAACCGCGAAAAGCUGACAAUUCUGGCGAGCUUCAACAAACUGGUUGCACAUAUGCGGAAGUUCCUCGAAUUCCGCGUCGGAAUGGGCAUCGUGGACAACAUGAUUGCUAAAUACAUUGCUACCGUGGUUGGAUUCUACGCCGUGUCCUUGCCGUUCUUCGAGAAGAAUCACCCGCUGUUGACAGGUGACCAAGCCGGCGAGCGGUUAAGCAGAUACUACACAUUCGGGCGUAUGUUGGUCAAAUUGGCGGAAGCCAUCGGACGCCUGGUGCUGGCAGGACGUGAAAUGUCCCGUUUGGCUGGUUUCACUGCCCGUAUGACCGAGCUGACGGUAGUGUUGAAGGAUUUGAAUGCCGGUCGGUACGAGCGUACCAUGGUUAGCAAUUCGAGUGUGGCCGAUGCCGAGAUAGGGCCGGGCAAGGGCUUGAUGAAAUUCCAGGAUAACAUCAUCACGUUCGAGCAUGUGCCGCUGGUAACUCCGAACGGGGACGUGUUGGUGAAGGAUUUGAACUUUGAAGUCAAAUCCGGCAUGAAUGUGUUGGUUUGUGGUCCGAACGGAUGUGGCAAGAGCAGUUUGUUCCGCAUUCUUGGCGAACUGUGGCCUACGUGGGGCGGAAAGGUGACGAAACCACCGUCCGGAAAGCUGUUCUACAUUCCACAGAGACCGUAUAUGACGUUGGGAACGCUGCGGGAUCAGAUCAUCUAUCCCCAUACGCAUCAGGAAAUGAAACGGCGUGGCAAGACGGAUGCCGAUUUGCUCGCUUUCCUGGAAUUGGUACAGCUAUCGUACCUGCAGGUACGGGAGAAAGGUUUGGAUGCAAUCGAAGAUUGGAUUGAUGUUUUGUCGGGUGGCGAGAAACAGCGAAUCGCGAUGGCACGGCUUUUCUAUCACUGUCCACAGUUUGCCAUUCUGGAUGAGUGCACAUCGGCCGUCUCGGUGGACGUCGAAGGAAGCAUGUACGAGUACUGCCGUAAAGUUGGCAUUACGCUGUUUACCGUGUCUCAUCGCAAGUCGCUGUGGAAGCACCACGACUACUAUCUGCAAUUUGACGGUCAUGGGGCGUAUGACUAUGCGCCAAUCGACGGCAGUGAGCAGCAGUUCGGUUCCUAAGACCA